AGACCUUCCGCGUCGUGGAUGCGAAAAGAGCUCCCGGCUGUCUUCUUCCUUCUUCCUCUCUCCACUCGUUGGCCUCUUUGGAGAGUUAAAAGAAAGUGCCUAAGAAAUUAACCGUACAAGAUCCGUUGGCCGUCAAGUUGUACAUCUUGCCAGCAUUAUUGAGUGCGGGACUCAACUCAGACCAGUAGUUGUCCUUCCUGACUGGUGGAUGGCCUGAAGGACAAUACAUUUUGUUAUGUGAAGCUACGAAGGGCCUAGACAUCAGCUCCUGUGGGGUAGGAGGUGAGCGUGGAACACUCAGCUUGAAGGAUUUUAAUGGCUUUCAGGUAGAAUCCAAGUGGGAGACAAUCAAAAUGAAUUCUAUGGACAGGCACAUACAGCAGACCAACGAUCGGCUGCAGUGCAUAAAACAGCACUUACAGAAUCCGGCCAACUUCCACAAUGCAGCUACGGAGCUCUUGGACUGGUGUGGUGACCCAAGAGCGUUCCAGAGGCCCUUCGAACAGAGCCUGAUGGGGUGUUUGACGGUGGUUAGCCGAGUGGCAGCGCAGCAGGGCUUUGAUUUGGACCUUGGAUACAGGCUGCUGGCCGUCUGUGCGGCGAACAGGGACAAAUUCACACCAAAAUCAGCUGCAAACUCUUUACUCUCCGACUUAGAUACUGGCAUGAGUCUCGUUCGAUUCUUGUCACUCUCCGAAUUUUAUAACACGAAGCGCAUCGGGCUACAAAAGAAAGGUCAGUGA